AUGGCCAAGCUGCAAGCGGCGACCGAACGUGGUUCACACGUCGAUAGAACCAAGAAGCGGAAACGAAAGUCUCGGCCAACGGAGGGCGAUGGCACAGAUGCGCAGUCUACAGAAAAUUCGAGUACGACUACAGUACCGACUAAGGCCGCAGACGGCGGCAAGAAGCCUCGAAGAACGAUCAAGAAUGGGAAGAAGCCCUCGCUCGAACGCAGCGCCUCCUCCGCUCCAGUACACACGUCCUUGCCGUGGCCAGCAGAGUUCACAACUCUCCAGCAGGUUCACAGAGCCUUAAAUCUCGUAUACACAUUUUGCUGCACGCGUAAACAUUUCGCCACUACAAUCGAGAAUCUACGCAGCACUGUGGAAGCCAACAUCAAAAGAGAGCUCAAGGUCGAAGAUGUGGCCAAGGUCAAGAUGCUCCUUCCACAUGCGGUCAACUUUCUUUAUGUCGAUGAGACGCUGCUGCAAGUUGCUCUUAUGGGCGAAGAAGAUCUGCGCGGCAAGAAGGCAGUCGGAGAUAUCUUCCAGUCAAAUCCGACAGAGGAGCGAAAUGUGCGAGAAGGGUUGGGCAAAGAGGAACACGCCGAUGUUCUGUACUUCGAGUACGUGGACGGCGAUCUCAAACGACAUGUGGUUGAUCCUGUUACUGGAGAGCCGAUGAAGGCGCAGAACAAGAUCCGCAAUGAAGAUCUGAGGAUGCCUGUCUUCAGCCAGGCCAACAUCAUGAAGCUGAUCGAGAAGCGGAACACAAAGUUCACCUCUGCAGUGAAUGCUUGGCUGAAUGAAUGCGCGGAGAAAGAGGAAGACCCGGUCAAGAAGAUGGAGUCUGAACACAAGCAGCAUAUCCCGGUCCCGCCAGAGACAAGAGACUCGACUCCAGCUCCGAUGGACACUCUGCCGUUAAGCAUACCCGAAGAGCGAAAGACCAUUUCGGAAAUUGUUGAGGAGUUGAAAGGACUGGAAUGGUAUACCGGACAGAUUGUGCCAGACGGGCAUCGAGUCUUCGAUCCGCAGCAGCCUGUCUAUGGCGAGCUGAACUUUGAACUUAGCCAGGAUCUCGUCAACGCUCUGUACAACACACGAAGUAUACAAGCUUUGUACAGUCACCAAGCAGAGGCCAUUAAUGCCUUGAACGAAGGCAAGAACGUUAUUGUGGCCACCUCCACCAGUUCUGGAAAGUCUCUCAUUUACCAACUCCCCGUGCUCAAUGCGUUGGAAACAGACCCAUCAAUUAGGGCUAUGUACAUUUUCCCAACUAAAGCCCUUGCACAAGACCAGCGACGCAGUUUAAAAGCAAUGCUCGCUUACUUGCCCGGCUUGGAAGACUUGGUCUGCGAGACUUUUGAUGGCGACACCGCGUUUGCAGACCGCAACUACAUUCGAGAUGAAGCGCGCAUCAUCUUCACCAACCCCGACAUGCUCCAUCUCACCAUUCUUCCUCAAGAAGAAAGCUGGCGCACCUUUCUCAAGAACUUGAGAUAUGUGGUCAUGGAUGAGCUGCACGUCUAUAAUGGCCUCUUUGGUGCCCACGUUGGAUUCAUCAUGCGGAGACUACGAAGAAUUUGUGCUGCUGUAGGCAACAACAAGGUCAAAUUCAUCUCAUGCUCUGCCACAGUCGCAAACCCAGAGGAGCACAUGCGAACCAUAUUCGGAAUUGAGGAUGUCAAGUUGAUUGACUUUGACGGCUCGCCCUGUGGUCGAAAGGAGUUCUUGUGCUGGAACACUCCCUACAAAGACCCAGCAGAUCCUACAAGUGGCAGAGGCGACUCUUUCAUGGAGUGUGCAAGACUGUUCUGCCAACUCAUCCUGCGAGGCGUGCGGGUGAUCGCGUUCUGCGUAAUUCGCAAGCACUGCGAGAUUCUGUUGGGUGCCGUGAAAAACGAGCUUGCAUCAUUAAAUCGCUCCGAGGUGAUGGCCCGCGUCAUGGCUUACCGUGGCGGCUACACAGCACAAGAUCGACGGAAAAUUGAGGCAGAGAUGUUUGAAGGCAAGCUUGUUGGCAUCAUUGGUACCAGUGCUCUAGAGCUUGGCGUCGACAUUGGUAGUCUGGAUGCAGUCAUCUCACACGGCUUCCCGUAUACCAUUGCAAAUCUUCGGCAGCAGUCUGGAAGAGCUGGAAGAAGAAACAAAGACAGCGCUUCGUUUCUAGUUGGCAACAGCUUUCCCACGGAUCAGUUCUUCAUGGCCAACCCAGACGAGAUCUUCACCAGACCCAAUUGUGAGCUGCAAGUCGACCUUACAAAUAUGCUCGUUCGAGAAGGACACAUUCAGUGUGCCUCAUUCGAGAUGCCGAUUCGUGCUGACGAAGAUGAGAAAUACUUCGGCAAGGGCCUCGAUGAAAUUUGCUCUGAAAGGCUGCGAAAGGACGAGCUGGGCUUUUUCCACACAGCCGACAGAUUUCUCCCUCACCCGGCGCGCACUGUUGCAAUCCGCGACACUGAAGACAACCAUUUCGCUAUCAUUGACACCACUAAUGGUCGGAACACUGUUCUAGAAGAGCUUGAGCAAUCUCGAGCCUUCUUCACGAUCUAUGAAGGUGGGAUAUUCUUACAUCAAGGCAAUAAGUACCUUGUCAAGAUGAUGAGCACUGAGCAAAUGAUUGCCAAGGUUGAAUUUGUCAAGGUGGAUUGGAUUACUCAACAGCGCGACUUUACAGAUAUCGAUCCCAUUGAGACAGAGGCUAUACGACGCAUUCCUGGUUCGUUGUCAAGAGCAUUCUUUGGCACGAUCAAGAUUCAUCAGAAUGUGUUCGGCUUUUUCAAGCUCGACAAGAAGAAUCGCAUUCUGGAUGCUGUCCAAGUCGACAACCCUCCUAUCAUCAUCUUCAGCAAAGGCAUGUGGCUUGACGUUCCAAAGAACGCUGUCGAGAUCCUGAAUUCUCGCCGCCUCAAUCUCGCAGCCGGCAUUCAUGCAGCUGAGCAUGCAAUCCUAUCUCUCAUGCCAAACUUCGUCAUCUCUAUGCCAGGAGACGUCAAGACGGAAUGCAAAGUAGCAAUCAAAGAGUUUGCCAAGAAAGAAACCUCUCGGAAACGACCAGCUAGACUGACCUUCUACGAUGACAAAGGCGGGCAACACGGAUCUGGCAUCGCAGCUAAAGCUUUCGAGUUCAUUGAUCUGUUAUUGGCGCAAGCCUGCGAUCGCCUUGAGGACUGCCAUUGUAUUGAUGGUUGUUUGGAGUGCUGUUGCUCGGAAAGAUGCAAAGAAGAUAAUGUCGUCAUGUCGAAGGCUGGAGCUGAAGUCAUUCUGAAGUCUUUGCUCAAUCGAGAAAUCGAUGUUGAGAAUCUGCCGUGGGGUCCAGAGGACGAAAGAGUCCAGGCUGGAAUAGAAACUAUCGCGCUUGCUACUGAGGUUCUACCAAGAGCAGGACACAGAGUUGAGAUCAUUGAGGUAGAAAGAGGCGCUGGUGGCACGAGACGGGUCGUAGUCGGGAGUGCUGUUGGCGACGAUGAGGAUGAUCCGAUCAUGGUUAAAGAAGAGCCAAUUGACGCCGAUUGA